AUAUGUAUUAUCCAACGAAUUAUAACGAAUCUAUAUACAACGUAAAUUACAAUGGAAAUUUUCAACAAAAUUUAUAUCCGUCGAAUUGGAAUCCUUGUAACGUUAAUUCCAGCGAUGGAAUGUUGAAUAUUUCUAUUAAAAAAAGACAAGAAGAUCAAGAGCAAAUUGAAAAUUUUCUUAAAGAAACGGAAGAAAGUUCGGAUUUAAUCGAUAUAAAAAGUUUUAAAAGACCGUCAAAGAUCGGAGAAGCUAGAAAUUCUUUAAUUAUGAUUUUCAAAUUAAAUAAACAAAUAGAGACUAUUUGUACUGAGCUUCGAAGCAAUAUAGAUUUACCGGUAGAAGAAUGGCAAGAAAAAAUUGAAAAGUGCGCUACAUUGAAAAAUCAAAUAUUUCAAGUAAUCGAAAAAUUUAAAGACAACACUUUUUUCGAUCAAUUAAAGAAAGAUGUAGAAAAACGUAAAAAAAAAAGAUUAAGAGAACGAGCUAAAAGACAAAAUUGGAAGGUUGAGAAAGCUCGUAGAACAGAAAGAAGAGCUAGAUUACAUGCAGAAGCAGAUUCAUGGCUGAGACGCGAACAAGCGGUAAUAGAAAAAGAAAAGCAAGAUGAAAAUUUACGUAAAGACGCCGAUAUGAUAUUAUCGGAUGUACGAAAUAAACGAAGCGAUGCUAAAAAGUAUUUAUUAAUUCUACAAGAAUUAAAAAAUCUACGUAACGUAAAAACUAAUAUUGCCAAAGCAAGAGGAGAAACGAUAUCUAUAGCAGCGAACGAGGUUUUUAAUAAUAUUAUCGAUAAAUUGUCAGAACAAUGGUCUGCAUUAGAUAGAGAAUAUUCUAUUGAAGAACAAGGCUUAAAAUUGAUGCUAAAAACAGAUAAUGAGAAAUUAAUAGAGAAGCAAAAAAGUAAUGUUUUUGAUGAAUGGCAAAAUGUAUUAUUCGGAAGAAAAAUUAUAAUGCCGGAUCAAGUUCAAACGGAUGUUGCUAAUCUCGUUAUGAUUCGAACUGCUUGGGACAAAUACAUCAGUUUUGAUGCCGAUUCAUCGCAGAUUCCAAUUGGUUGGAUAAUACCUAAAACACCGCGAUCUGCUGCAUGGCAAAAAUACCUUAAAAAUGAUGCAUCUUAAAAUGACUUAUUAGUAUGUUGCCGUAAAUUGAUUACAAAAAUAAAUAAAUUAAAACUUUA